AUGCCACAUGCAUUAUUUGAUGAAGUCGAAAAUCCAGAGUAUAAGGUGGGAGAGAGUCCCAGGGAUGCCCUUAGGGAAUCAAAAGUUGCCGGCAUUCAAGCACAUCUAUUUCAACUUAUCAGGACACAUUUUCCAGCUCUGGAAAAGAUACACAUCAUUUUAGCAGAUAGCAGAUACUGGAUUGGCUUGUUUGAUGUUGAGAACGAAUUAAGAAUCAUUGAUGUCGAUAGCGAGUUUCCGUACCAGAACUUUACACUAAGAGAUCCGUUAGUGUAUGAUGAUAGAAUUUGGGAUGAUUUGGGGAGUAUACUCCGCUUUGUCGAUCCGGUAGAUACGAAAAGUAUGUUGCGUGACUGGGAGAUAUAUAUAAAAGGUGAGGUGGAUGAAGAUGCCUUGGAGUUUUGGAAGACUAGGACACCAAUUCCCGGAUUAUUGUGUUGUUUUGAACCUGAUCUUAGUAACGUACCUGGAAAGGUAUCUACGCCGAAACUUCAUAUUACCGACAUAGAUGCUUGGGUACCCGCUCAUGCUGAUGGGACGAUGGUGGAUAAGUACAAAGGACUGGCGCAGAUUUUUGAUGGUGUUCCGUGGAGUUAUACUGGGAAAGAUGGCAUUUAG